ACGCCUUCGAAAUCCUUUUCGAGCUCCCUCACGAAGACCUUCCCCCGAAAAUCUAGGGUUUCCGAGCGCCCCAAUCGCGGGCGCUUCACGCUCCCAAAACCCGCGCCAAGCUUCCUCCUUUCCCCGCUCGAUCCUAGGGUUUUCGCUGUCCCUUCCCCCCUGCACAGUUUGAUUCGCUGCUCUCGUCGAACUAUUGGAGAUCGAGGCGAGGUUUGGUCUUCUGAGGCUCCGGAAUCUGUUUCCGAGUUUAGGGUUUUGUUUUGUGAAAUCGAGCUGGGUUUUGGUGGUGACGGUAAUGGCGGAGGUUGGAGGGGAGUGGUAGAGGGAAAUGAUUAGGGUCUUAUUGUGUUGGCGCAUGCGGAGCUUCGCUUCUCCUCUUGGAUUUGCUCAAUCAGUCCUUUUUCUUCAUCCCAUAUCACUUGAGGAGCUAGAGCUGGAUUUGUGACAUUGUCUUAACAUAAAGAACUGCAUCCAGAUCUGGUAUUACUUUGUAGUGGCUACUUUAAGAUCUUGAGAAGUCCACAAUGGCAGAUGCUGGUGAAAGAACUGAUACCUCAACAGACAUUGAUGCCGAUGAGAGAAACCACAGGUUAGAACGAGGACAAACUGCUGUUGUAGCAGCUUCUGAUUCUAGCGAUAGGUCAAAGGAUAAAACUGGGGACCAAAAAACUCUUCGUCGUCUUGCACAAAACCGUGAAGCUGCAAGAAAAAGCCGUUUGAGGAAAAAGGCAUACGUUCAACAAUUGGAGAGUAGUAGACUGAAACUUACACAACUAGAGCAGGAGCUCCAGCGGGCCCGCCAACAGGGUAUCUUUAUUUCUAGCACAGGAGACCAAUCUCAUACAAUAAGUGCGAAUGGAGCUAAAUCUUUCGACAUAGAGUACGGGCGGUGGCUGGAAGAGCAUAACCGGCAGGUAAAUGAGCUAAGGGCUGCGGUGAAUGCUCAUGCUAGUGACACAGAUCUCCGUACUAUUGUUGAUGGCAUCACGACGCAGUUUGAUGAGAUUUUCAAGAUCAAAGGUGUCGCUGCUAAGGCAGAUGUCUUUCAUAUCUUAUCAGGCAUGUGGAAGACUCCUGCAGAGAGGUGUUUCAUGUGGCUUGGCGGUUUCCGCCCAUCUGAAAUUUUAAAGCUUCUCUCAAAUCAGCUGGAGCCUCUGACAGAGCAGCAGGUGAUGGGCUUAUGCGAUCUUCAGCAAUCUUCUCAGCAAGCCGAGGAUGCUCUCUCGCAAGGGAUGGAGGCAUUGCAGCAGUCCUUAGCGGAAACACUGGCUGGCUCUCUUGGGCCCUCAGGAUCCUCAGGGAACGUGGCGAACUACAUGGGCCAGAUGGCCAUGGCCAUGGGCAAACUCGGGACGCUAGAAAAGUUCCUUCGCCAGGCAGACAACCUGCGGCAGCAGACUCUGCAACAAAUGCAUCAGAGAUUAACCACCCGUCAAUCCGCACGCGCCGUCCUCACCAUACAUGAUUACUUCUCGCGGCUCCGCGCGUUGAGCUCUCUAUGGCUUGCUCGGCCCCGAGAGUAGUAACCCAAAUUAAUUAAAUAGAGAUGCUUCCGAAAAUCUAGUUAAUUUUAAACUGUACCCUGGACCCAAAUUAAUUUAAAAAAAAAAAAUUGAUGCAGGUUUCGUAGGAUUGGUUCGGUUGUAUAGGGUUUGAUUGCAUCCACUUGUUCAAAAGUGUAACAUUAACUUUGUUACCAGAAUUGAUUGUUGAUAGAUGUUGUACUUCUACAUGUACUUGUAAAUCUGAUGAUGCUUUGAGCUUUUUCCGUGUAAUGCAACAGAUGAGCGAAAAGUUGAAAACCCCCGUGUAUUUGAUGCUGAAUUUGUGUUCAGUUUGUUGAAAAA